AUGCCAACGUUACGAAGCCAGCAGCGCCGAGACACAAAAGGGCAGAAACGCGGCGUCGCUUCAUCUCCAGACGAAAUUACCGAGGACCGCCAGUCCACCCGCCCUUUGAAGAAGCAGAAACGCGGCCAUUCAUACUUCCCACCUCCCAAAUUCUGGGACGGUCUAUCGACGAUUCCCCUUACUCGUAACGCAAUAAGGGAACUGGAUCGGCGAAAUCAGCUAAGCAGUCAUCCUCCUAGUCGCAUACAAACACUUCAUACGCCUCGACAGCCUCGACAGCCGUCAACCCUUCAGCGCUUUGCAAGACAAGGCGGCCCAGAUCUUUCCGCGAUAAGAGGCUGUCAAUUCCCAAUAGACUUGGGCGGCAAUAUGAGCUCCAGUCAAUCGAGCCUCGGGCGUCGAAAGAGAGGUUCGCAGUCGCCCGUGAAGAGAACCAGCCAAUCCUCGUCAAAGACCAACGCGACUCCUAAUACUACGAGUACGAGAAGCACUGGUCCAUAUGAUCGUGCAUUUCAGCAAAAUCUCAUCGAUCACAAUAUAUUCCCAGAUGGUUAUGAAUAUCCAGAUGGCGCAUUGCCACCAGAGCCUGAGAACAUGAACGAUAUACUGCACGCGAUGGCCCAGCCUCGACCGUCUUUAUCCCCAUCUCGAUUCUCCAAUGAUGAUUUCAGAAGGUUUAAAAGAGCAGACACCCAUGCGUUUAAAGAGCGUGAAAUUACAACAAACGUCAUACCUUUGAUCGAAGGAACAAUCGCAGAUAGCAAGUGUGUUGCCGGAGACGUUCCAUUUACAAACCUAGACGACUUGACCGACGGCACGAUCGUUUCAGGCAAGCCUGACCUGUACCACGGCGCACGGCCCGAACAGCUCGAUAUCAGAGUUCGCAGAGAGCAAAGCCGUAAGAUCAACCCCUCGUCUCAGAGCGAUCUUCCAAUCCUGGCAAAUUUUUUCCUCGAGGCCAAAGGCCCUGAUGGAACUCUGUCAGUUGCUUCCCGACAGUCGUGUUAUAAUGGCGCCCUCGGAGCUAGGGGUAUGCUCAGUUUGCAGUCGUAUGGCCAGCCGGAGCCCGAGUAUGAUAACAAGGCAUAUACAAUCUCAUCAAUAUAUCAUGGAGGCACGCUUAAGAUGUAUACCAGCCAUCCGAUACCGCCACGUACACCAGAAGGAAAGCCUGGUUUCGUAACGACACAGAUCAAAACGUGGGGCCUUACUGGCGAUGCUGAUACAUUUCGCCAAGGCGCUUCUGCAUUCCGCAACGCCAGGGACUGGGAAAAGAACAGAGAGAUAAUGCCAUUCAGCAAGCAAAUGAAAGGGCAAAACGAGUGGCGUCGUUCACGGCCAGCGGUUUAG